AUGCCGCCCAAAAAGGACGCAAAGACUUCGGCCAAGCAGCCACAGAAGACACAGAAGAAGAAGGAAGGGUCUGGUGGCGGCAAAGCCAAGAAGAAGAAGUGGUCCAAAGGAAAAGUCCGUGAUAAGUUAAACAAUCAGGUAUUGUUUGACAAGCCCACAUAUGAGAAACUGUACAAAGAGGUGCCGCAAUACAAAUUGAUCACACCUGCAGUAGUUUCUGAGAGAUUGAAGGUUAGAGGCUCCCUCGCCAGGAGGGCCUUGAUCGAGCUCAGAGAAAAAGGUUUAAUAAAGCAGGUUGUCCAACAUCACGGACAAGUUAUCUACACAAGGGCGACAAAGGGUGAUGACCCUGUGGCU